AUGUCGAUCGUCGCUGACCAGGUUCGUCGCGUUGACAGCGUGCUGGAACGAGUCCACCUAAUACCACGCGACACGAACGACGACUUCUUCGCAGAGCAGAGCCCGCUAGUACCCAAAGUCACCAGCUCCCCUCGCAUCAUUGAGCUGCAGAGCAUCGUCAAGGCACUAUCUACGUCCUCCUCCUCUAGCCCUCUCUUAUCUUCAUGGCGAAUAUCGCAACUUCUCGAACGCGCAGCUCUUUCCGAGAUGACUGCAGAGAGCGAGCAGGACCCGGCGACGAGCAAAUAUGAGACGGAGCUGGAAUGGCUGCUUGUUAGCAAAGCUACAGUGCAGACGUAUGGCUUAAUAUUGAGCACGUUGCUGGAGCAGACGAUUCCUCUGAACGACGAUAUUUGGUACUGGGACGAGGUGCUAAGUUCUUACACAUACUCGAGCUUGUACAUGGCGCAGACGUCCCCGCUGAGGCUCUGGGCAUGGUCUAAGGAUAUCUACAAUGAUACGAAAAGUAGACUGGCACGACUUCGAGAUGGGGAAGAUGAGAGUUCUGUGUCUGCGCGAGACAUUGGGACAAGCAUGUCGGAUCAAUGGAAGCAAUUCUACGGCCUAGUUAGGGAGAGCAUACGAGAGAGCUCUGUUGCGCACAUACAGCAGCAGGUACUCUCUCCGAUUGCCCUCUGUCGGUCCAACGUAAGACAUAAUCAGGCACGGUUGAGAAGGUUACGGGAGAUGGGAGCCAGCGGAUUAGGAAUGCUGAUGGAUGAAGGACUGAACUUCGAGAUCGGCGAUGAUAGUACGGAUAUUGCGAAGACGGAGGACAGUGACGUCCAGGAAUGGAAAUUUGUCGUUGAGAGAAGCGUUGCCCUCAUGGACACCGUACUGCGCAAUAUCACCACACUCGACAGUAACCUAGCAGAGUUUGAGGAUAAUGUCUUUGCAAGCGUUGAUGAAGACCCGGAAAUUACUACACGAGAGACUUCGCCGACGGAAGUAGCACGGCCUUCGAAACUGGGCAUCCGCCUUCAGCAAAUUCUUGAGGUCCAUGUCCCGCAACAUAUAAACUCCUCACAGAAUCUUGUCACCAAAUAUGGUCGCCCUUCGAGAGCCAUUCGCUACUGGUUGCCAGUAACCGCUCUUCUCCUAUCAUCAACAACUAUUCUCCGGAUAUUUGUCAAUAGAAAGGCUGAGAUCAUCGCCUGGGUAAGAGAUUUAGGAGCAACGACUCGAGACUUCUGGCUGAACUGGGUGGUUGAGCCGACAAAAAAGAUCAUCGGUACCAUUCGUCACGAUAAGGAUGGCGAGGUUGCAAUCAUGAGCAAAGAAAGUCUCAAGGGUGAUCGAGACAGCUUAGAACGAAUGGUGGUGGACUUCGCCGUCGACAACCCUCAAUCGUCGAUGGGUGAAGCGAGCCUUAGUGAGGCUCAAAUUGCAGAAAUCGUUCUCAAGGUCAAGGAAGGCGAUUUGACACCAGUCCUCCGGGCAUAUGAAAACGAUCUCCGGAAGCCGUUUGUCGGCGCGAUCCGUGGAGAUCUCGUCCGCACUCUUUUGAUUCAAGUUCAGAAGACCAAAGUAGAUGUCGAGGUUGCUCUGAGUGGCAUCGACGCUCUACUCAAGAGCCAAGAAUUGGUGUUUGGCUUCGUCGGCCUCACUCCUGGGGUACUGGUCUGUUUUGCAGCGUUUCGUUAUCUCGGCGGCGUAUUUGGCACCAAGCAGGGUCUGAAGAGAGGCCAAAAGGCUGGACAGGCAGUCAGAGUGCUCCGAAAUAUUGACCGUAUCCUUACCAUGGCUACCCCGACACAUAACAAUCUCCUCUCUUAUAAGGACCAUGGUCUGCUCCUUUGCGAGGUACACGUUCUGCGGAAACGGACACACUCGUUACUUCCAAGAGAUGUGGAGGGUGAUUUUUUGGCAGAUUUGAAUGACCUUACCAACAUCCAACUUGGCCUGGGAGCGCAGAUCCGAGUCUUGGACAGACUGAAAUGGGGGUAUUCGCAAUGGUUGAAAUGA